UGAAGAAUAAUACUCAGAUCCCCAUCGGAGGCAAUCCUGGGUGUUGAUCCAGAAGCCGGAAGAAGCGCAAAGGACAGAUCCGUAGCCCAGCUCCACCUGCCAGCCUAUCCAACAUGUCGGGGCCUGUGCCAAGCAGGGCCAGAGUUUACACAGAUGUAAAUACACACAGACCACGGGAAUACUGGGAUUACGAGUCGCACGUGGUGGAGUGGGGAAAUCAAGACGACUAUCAGCUAGUUCGGAAGUUAGGCCGGGGCAAAUACAGCGAAGUCUUUGAAGCCAUCAACAUCACAAAUAAUGAAAAAGUAGUCGUUAAAAUUCUGAAGCCGGUGAAAAAGAAGAAAAUUAAACGAGAAAUCAAAAUCCUGGAGAACCUGCGAGGUGGCCCCAACAUCAUCACCCUUGCCGACAUAGUGAAAGAUCCAGUGUCACGGACCCCUGCCUUGGUGUUUGAACAUGUGAACAACACAGAUUUUAAGCAAUUAUACCAGACGUUAACGGACUAUGACAUUCGGUUCUACAUGUAUGAAAUCUUGAAGGCCCUCGAUUAUUGCCACAGUAUGGGAAUCAUGCACAGAGACGUCAAACCUCACAACGUCAUGAUUGACCACGAGCAUCGAAAGCUGAGGCUAAUAGAUUGGGGUUUGGCUGAAUUCUACCAUCCGGGUCAGGAAUAUAACGUCCGAGUAGCUUCCAGAUACUUCAAAGGACCGGAACUCCUCGUAGAUUAUCAGAUGUACGACUACAGCCUGGACAUGUGGAGUUUGGGGUGCAUGCUCGCCAGCAUGAUCUUCCGAAAGGAGCCCUUUUUCCACGGUCACGACAAUUACGAUCAGUUGGUGAGAAUAGCUAAAGUGUUGGGAACAGAAGACCUAUACGACUAUAUUGACAAAUACAACAUUGAGCUGGAUCCCCGUUUCAACGACAUCCUGGGCAGGCAUUCACGGAAACGAUGGGAACGUUUUGUCCACAGUGAGAAUCAGCACUUGGUCAGUCCCGAAGCCUUAGAUUUCUUGGACAAGUUGUUGCGAUACGAUCACCAGUCCCGACUGACCGCCCGAGAAGCCAUGGAGCACCCUUACUUCUACCCAAUUGUGAAGGACCAGGCUCGGAUGAACUCGGCCAGCCUGCCAGGAAGCAGCACACCUGUAAGCAGCGCUGGGAUGCUGUCAGGAAUUUCUUCAGUGGCGACGUCUUCCCCCCUCGGACCUCUAGCCGGCUCCCCCGUGAUUGCCGCUGCUAACCCGCUGGGAAUGCCAGUACCUGCUGCCGCAGGGGCUCAGCAAUAAAGGACACCCCCCUCCCCCUCGUCUCUCAGACGCCGGACUGGAGCCACCAUAGGGCUGAGGGUCCUCCUCCACUCACACCCCCCCUCCGCAGCCUCUUGUAGCCAACGUGGGGAGGAGGGGAAAGAGAGAGAGAGAGAGAGAGAGACAGGAGGAGCCAUCUCGGAACCGUUGCUUGUGGAUUGAUCGUCCUUCUGUCACAUCAUCCCUUUGUAUCUCUCUCUCUCUCUCUCUUUCUCUCCCCUCUGGAUAUAUAUAUAUAUAUAGAGAGAGAGAUAUGGAUGGAUCGUCUGACGCCGAAUCUCUUCCCCCAUUCCCCCCCAGGCCUGCCUUUUUUUUUUACUUGAACGUUUUGUAACUCAGAGGAACCCCUGGCAAAAAAAAAAAAAAAAUCUACCCACGGGGCGCUUCACGGACCCUUUCUCGUCUGUUCCCGCUCGCCCCGUCCCCAGGUCCUCCUCAAAGACUCUCUCCAAAGUGAGGACGCCGGUUCUUCCUCAUCUCGGUUUCUCUCGUCGUUACGACUCGCCGAUGCCUCUUUUCCCCUCCUGCCCCCCCCUUGCAGGGGGAACAUAAUGUCUCCAUUGCCCAACCGCACCCUUGUUGAAUUCCAGCCUUGGAAAGCCGGUAAGAAUGGGAGACCCAACGGGGCGUCUCGGAAGCCACAUCGACCGUGUCCUGCAGCGGCUCGGAACGGACUCAGUUUGCAGAAAAGGAAGGACAAAACGGUCCAUUAUCCCAUGGGAUUGUCUUCUCCUCAUCUUAAUCCAAAGCCUCCAGGCCUCGCCAUCCAAUCCGUACCUCCCCAAAAAGAUAACAUCCGGCCCCACCGCCAAGCUCUCCCCGUAACGUCUUUUGGACUUCUGGAAAAAUCCAAUUUUUUUGCCUGUUUUUCCUGGAAAAAUCCAAUUUUUCAUCUGUUUUUCCUGGAAAAAUCCAAAUUUUCACCCGUUUUUCCUUUCCUUUUCCUUUUUUUUUUUUUAAAAAAAAACCUUCUCAAACUUCUAACAGGUUAGAUCUUGGAAAGAACCCCCCUCCCCCCUGAACAGAUCUAGGGGUGCUCGCUUGCCCUGCCUACCCUCCCGUAUUUUUUUUUCUCCAUGUGCCAUGUGGUGAAAGGUGUGUAUGUGUAUGUGUAUGUGUGAUACUUAGAGGAAGCUGGCGGAGAGAAAAUUUUCGAGGAAACAAAAAGCGUGUGUGAAAAACAUCGCAAAAAGAGGUCAGCUUGUAAGGGAGCGUCCUGGGGAAGGACGGUGUCCACUCCCUGUGUGAUUGUGUGUCUGUCUACUACACACAAACCUCGCCGAAACGCAGAGGCCUCUGUAAGGUAAAUCGGUCUCGCUCUUCCUUAUGCUGAAAUACCGUACGUCGGAAUUCCCGGCUGUAAAUAAAAACUAUUUUCUUUUUUUAAUUUAUCAAAGGUUAGGCUUAACGUCGCCUGCGCGGAGGCUCUCCCUGGGUCAGUAUCAAUACGUUUUACAUUAUGCGCAGCCUCUUAACCCCCGGAAUUGGGGCUUCGGACCAGGAGGCUGGGCUCUGUGUGUGUUUGGGGUGUGUAUGUGUGUGUGUGUGUCCCGAAACUGGUUCUCCCCAUUCCCGUUUCGGCACCUCGCCAGGAUUUGGUGGCCACCGCCACGACCCUGUGUUCGGAAGCCUUACAAGACGCGUGCUCACAAGCCAAAAUGUCGCCGGAUUUCGGGGUUUGGGAGAACCUGCGUUUUCCUCUUGCCGCACCGGAAUGUCGGGACGGCCACGGCGAAGGGCAAGGUGGAAACCCCUUCCCCAUCUCUUUCUGAACCAACGGGGUCCGUAGCUCGCUGCUGGAACCUUGGAAGCCCCAUCAGAUCCUUCGUGGAAAAUUAUUCGUUGGGGGCGGGGGCAUUGCUACGCGUGGCCUGCUAACCAUCUUGGGAUGGCUUCGAGUUUCAUAAUAUGCAACUUUUGGAAACUUGGAAUUUGGGGGGGGGGCAUGUUUGCGUUCGUCCAGGGCGGGAAAGCAGGUAGCACGAGAUCCUCCUCGGCGGUUCCCUCUCCCUCCACCUUCUUGGCGGAUGAGAAAGGACUUCCAGAUGCCCACCGGCAGGAAAUUUUCCCACGGUGGCGCCUGAGAGGAAUUGGGAAAGGCAGCAUAGGUGUGCCUAGAUUUUGCACUAGGCCAGCUCCCCUCUGGAGCUGGGGAUCGACUCAACCCUUCGCUUUCCUUCUUUUGAUCUUCGAAUUUGGCAUGCAGGGCAACAGGUGGGAUUUGUUGCGUGCUUCCUAGGAAUCAAGGGUGCCGGGUGCGAGUUGAUGAGGAUUUAAGGUGGGGGUAGGGGAGCCACCAAGGGGAGCAGUAUCCAUCCAAGCUAACCCAAGAUGGAAAUAAUUGAGGUCGAGGAGUUGAUGUAAACCGGGUAUUUCUCGAUUUUGACCCCUUUUAAGAUGUGUGGACUUCCAACUCCCAGAAAUCCCCGGUGGAAGUUGGAAGUCCACGCAUCUUAAAGGGGCAGGAGUCGAGAAAAACACCGUUCUCAACUUCCUUCCCGGUGCUUAUCCUGGCCUUGCAGCCCAAAAACCUGCAGAUUGUAACAACGUCUGUGUUGUAAAUUACCUCAUCUGUAUACGUCGUAUCAGAACACUUUUUUUAAAUUACUCAGCACUUCCUGGGGAUAUAUAUAUAUAUAUAUAUAUUCUCCUUUUUCUCGGGAAACGGGGAGGGGGCUGGCAUUGUGCGAGAUGGCAGGAAAAGGAAGAAAAAAUAAGGAAACGCCAGUAUAAAUAGUCCUGUUUGCAAAUUUGAAUUUUUUUUUAAAAAGAAAGAUCUUGUUUGAAGUGAUCUUUUUUUUAUUAUUUUGUUGAAAUUUAGAUUGGUUUUUUUUCUCUUCUCUCUUUCUCUCUCUUUCUUUCUCUCUCUUUCUCUGGAUUUACCUGAAUGGAGUUGUAGUGUCACUAUUGGAACUAACCCUUAAUUGUGCUGAGAAGUUGUGCCAUGGAGGUCUUUAAUUUUUUUAAAAAUAAAAUCAUUGAAACAAA